AUGAACGCGGCUGCCAGCAGUUACCCGAUGGCGUCGCUGUAUGUGGGUGACCUGCACCCCGAUGUCACCGAGGCCAUGCUCUAUGAGAAGUUCAGCCCCGCCGGGCCCGUCCUCUCCAUUCGGGUGUGCAGGGACAUGAUCACCCGCCGGUCCCUCGGCUAUGCCUAUGUCAACUUCCAGCAGCCAGCGGAUGCUGAGCGUGCUCUAGAUACCAUGAAUUUUGAUGUGAUCAAAGGAAAACCCAUUCGCAUCAUGUGGUCUCAGAGGGACCCCUCCUUGAGGAAGUCAGGGGUUGGGAAUGUCUUCAUUAAGAACCUGGACAAAUCCAUUGAUAACAAGGCACUUUAUGACACAUUCUCAGCGUUUGGGAAUAUUUUGUCCUGCAAGGUGGUGUGUGAUGAGAAUGGCUCUAAGGGCUACGCGUUUGUGCACUUUGAGACCCAGGAUGCUGCAGACAGAGCCAUCGAGAAGAUGAACGGCAUGCUGCUGAACGACCGCAAAGUAUUUGUUGGGAGAUUCAAGUCUCGUAAAGAACGGGAGGCUGAGUUGGGAGCCAAGGCGAAGGAAUUCACCAAUGUUUAUAUUAAAAACUUUGGGGAUGACAUGGAUGAUGAAAGACUAAAGGAACUCUUCAGCAAAUAUGGUAAAACUCUGAGUGUUAAAGUGAUGACAGACCCCACUGGAAAAUCCAAAGGUUUUGGCUUUGUAAGCUUUGAAAAGCAUGAAGAUGCUAACAAGGCAGUAGAAGAAAUGAACGGGAAGGACAUCAAUGGGAAGAUGGUGUUUGUAGGCCGAGCACAGAAGAAGGUCGAGCGCCAGGCAGAGCUGAAACGGAGGUUUGAACAGCUAAAACAAGAGAGGCUCAGCCGGUACCAGGGUGUUAACCUAUAUAUUAAAAACCUAGAUGACACCAUAGAUGAUGAAAAACUGAGGAAGGAAUUCUCACCUUUUGGGUCAAUAACAAGUGCCAAGGUGAUGCUGGAAGAUGGACGGAGCAAAGGGUUUGGCUUUGUCUGCUUUUCCUCUCCAGAGGAAGCCACAAAAGCUGUGACAGAGAUGAACGGGCGAAUUGUGGGCUCAAAGCCGUUGUAUGUGGCGCUUGCCCAAAGGAAAGAGGAGCGAAAGGCCCAUCUGACCAACCAGUACAUGCAGCGCAUCGCUGGGAUGAGAGCCCUGCCUGCCAACACAAUCAUUAACCAGUUCCAGCCUGCUGCUGGGGGUUAUUUCAUGCCUGCUGUGCCCCAGGCUCAGAGCAGACCCACUUACUAUGCACCCAAUCAAAUGGCACAGAUGAGACCCAACCCACGCUGGCAGCAAGGAGGAAGACCUCAAGGCUUCCAGGGAAUGCCAAAUGCCAUGCGCCAGUCUGGACCACGGCCAGCACUGCGCCAUCUGGCCCCUGCCGGCAAUGCCCCGGCCUCUCGUGGCCUCCCUGCUGCUGCCCAGCGAGUUGAUCUGUUCUCUUCCUCUCUUGCAGGAGUGGGCGCCGCAGCACAGAGUUUGGCCCCUCGCCCGCCCGUGGCUGCCCCCGCUACCCGAGCGGUUCCUCCCUACAAAUAUGCCUCUAGUGUCCGCAGCCCACACCCGGCUGUGCAGCCCCUGCAGGCACCUCAGCCUGCAGUCCACGUGCAGGGACAGGAGCCACUGACAGCCUCCAUGCUGGCUGCUGCCCCCCCACAGGAGCAGAAACAGAUGCUGGGAGAACGGUUGUUCCCUCUGAUCCAAGCUAUGCACCCCAGCCUGGCAGGGAAGAUCACAGGGAUGCUGCUAGAGAUUGACAACUCAGAGCUGCUGCACAUGCUGGAGUCUCCGGAAUCCCUCCGGUCAAAGGUGGAGGAGGCCGUUGCAGUGCUGCAGGCUCACCAAGCCAAGAAGGAAGCUGCCCAGAAGGUGGGCGUGGUUGCUGCUACCUCUUAA